UCACAAAUGUGGACAAACAGCAAUCUCGACAUUUCUAGCUAUAGUGUCCGCCCACUGUACUUAUGAGCCUCAGGAGAGGAAGACACAGAGACUCAUCUGCUCUGGAUUUCACCUGGAAGGUGACUGCUCCUAAAUUUCUGUAAGAGAAGAUCCAUUCAGUAUUUCCCAUGAUGGCAGAACACGGUGACCCAUGCACUGGGUCAGAAGCCAACUUUUGCAUGAAUGGAGGAACUUGCUUUAAAAUACCUUCUGUGUCGACACCCACCUGUGUCUGCAGUGCCAACUACGAGGGCAGCCGAUGUGAACAUCUCCAGCUCUUUAGUUUCUCCCACAGCAGUGAAGAGAAGGGCCUGAUCGCCGCCGUGGUCAUCAUCGUCCUGCUCAUCAUAGUGGUGCUCGGAGUGGUCAUCUAUUACAUCUGCAAAAUAAAGAAAAAUCAAGACAAAAAAAGAAACAAACAAAUCCAGCAAAAUCCUGCAGAGUAUUGGAAAGUAAACAAAAGCCCGACCCCAGAACAGAAUGUCUGACCGACUCCCGACUUCAUUUUCUAACAUCGCCCUCUUGUGGAGACUUUGGACUCAACUGUGAAAAUGUGUCGGAUCUGCACAGAAGCUUAAACUGCCCAGAAAAUAUCUUUGUAAAUAGUUCUGUCUAUUAAAGCCUGUUAAGUUGAAUACGUAACAAAUGGAUGCCAAUUUUACCAUUUUUAUGUCAGCGAUACGAAGCAAAACAUUUCAAAAGCAGCAUCCUGGGCGUAGAUUUUCAUUUUAAUUAAAUAUAGAAGACUUAACGAUAUGUGAUAUACCACUUGCAUGUGCUAUGUACAUACAUUUUUCUAAUGUGCCGUUUUUGUUUUGGCCUUUUUAAAUAACUUUAUUUGUACUUGUUUUGUACUGUUAUUAAUAUGCAUUCGCUGGACUCAUUCAUAUAUAAUAUUCAUACUAUUUAUGCAGGAUUAAUUUGCAGUAGGCAGGUUUUCCGUGUCUAACACCUAUAACCAAGUGAAUGCAAUAGUAUCUGGAUGCAGGCUUGAUGAUGCAAGCUGAGACCGCAUAUCUCAGUAAUGCAAUGUGAAGGGUUGGGUUAGCAGUGGGGUUGGUGAGUGCAUUAAAAAGCAUUGGAUGCGACUCAGAUUGCACUGCACCAGGUCUGCAUCCAGACCCCUCUCAGUGAAUGCGCCGAAAAUGUGAAGCAUACCAUCAUAUCUAUCCCACAAUGCAAUGUGAUUGCCUUGAGAUAAAUAAAUUAGAUGAUUAGAGGAAUAUCAACUAUUUUUUUCCAGCAUUAUCUUGUCUCUAUUUAAUCUGAAUGUCAAAAGUGAACAUACUUUUAA